AAGUACUGCGGAGACAUUUUGAGACGGUAUCAAGGCUGCGUGAGCCAAAAUCCUGGCACAUGGAGCGUUUCUUGCAUUGAAGACAGACGGCGACUGACGGAUUGUGCGGAGGAAAACGUUACGAGUAUCAAGAAGGUGAAAGAAGCAUGCAAAGUACAGGUAAAAGCGUUUGAUGACUGCAUUGCUGGCAAGGAAGAUCCGAAGCCGUGUUUGAAGGACCUGAAGGCCUUGUAUGAAUGUACCCGGCUACAUACGCCACAGCCUAUCCAUUUACCAGCAUUUCCAGAUACCACAUAG